GAAAAGAACACAGUUGAAAUAUUCACACUCUUGAUUGCUGCACUAUUCCUUCGCCCUUGGCUUUCUCUCCAUCUUUUUCUCUGUCUUCCUAGCCAGCAAAAUUAGGGUUAGGGUUUUCACGAAAAAAAUACCCUUUUCUUUGUCUGCAACUCAAAGGGAAGGGUUUAGGGUUUAAAUUAUCUGGGUCUGGAAGGCCCUUCGAGGGUUCGUGAGAUGUUUCCUUCUUCCUGUACUUCACUGAUCAAAUGGCGUUUCUUUCAUAAGCCCAUGUCCCCCUUGCUUGUUCUGGAAUUUUACUUUGUCUUAUGGGUCCUCUUCACGUCUUGUAGUGACGCCUUUCCCGCCGAUUCGGACAAAUCAGUGCUUCUUCAUUUCAAGAAUUCGGUCUCUGAUCCAUCGGGGCUGCUUUCGAGCUGGAAUUCGGCCGGAGAUUCCAAGCACUGUUCUUGGUUCGGUGUUCUCUGCGACUCGAAUUCGCGGGUUGUCGCUCUCAACAUUACUGGAAAUGGUGGUCGAAGUAAUCGAAGCUCUUCUCCGUGUUCUGAUUCUGCUGAAUUUCCACUUUAUGGGUUUGGAAUUAGGAGGAGCUGUGACAGCAGUAGAGGAGCAUUGUUUGGGAAGGUCUCGCCUCUGAUCAGUAAGCUUACUGAGCUCAGAAUUCUGUCACUUCCGUUUAAUGGUUUCGAGGGUGAAAUUCCUUCUGAAAUUUGGGGUAUGGGCAAGUUGGAUGUUCUCGACCUGGAGGGCAACUCCGUAACUGGGUCACUGCCGCCCCAUUUCGAUGGCUUGAGGAACUUGCGCGUUCUAAACCUUGGUUUUAAUAAAAUUGUGGGGGAGAUACCGAACUCACUUGCCCGUCUUGAAAGUUUGGAAAUUUUGAAUUUAGCUGCAAAUGGCUUGAAUGGAUCUGUUCCUGGGUUCAUCGGUAAGCUGAAGGGGGUGUAUCUACUCUCUAAUCUGCUUACUGGGCCUAUUCCACUUGAGAUCGGGGAUAACUGUGUGAAGCUUGAACAUCUGGAUUUGUCUGGUAACUUCUUAGUUCAGCGAAUUCCAAGCAGUUUGGGUAAUUGUAGUCAAUUGCGGACACUUCUGCUGUAUUCAAAUCUGUUGGAAGAGGUAAUUCCUCCCGAACUUGGUAAACUUAAGGUGCUUGAAGUCUUGGAUGUUUCAAGAAACGCUCUCAGUGGUCCAGUACCUCCCGAAAUUGGGAAUUGUUCGGAGUUGUCUGUCCUUGUGCUGUCAAAUCUUUUCAAUCCGCUUCCUGAAGUCAACGAUACUUUGAGGGAAUCUUCGCAAUUGGUUUCUAUAAAUGAUGAAUUGAAUUAUUUUGAAGGUGCCAUGCCUGUGGAAAUUACAUCUCUCCCAAAGCUGAGAAUAUUGUGGGCACCAAGGGCAACUCUGGAAGGUAGUUUCCCAAACAGUUGGGGUGCUUGUGAUAACUUAGAGAUGGUCAAUUUGGCUCAAAAUUAUUUCACUGGGGAAUUUCCAAAUCAGCUUAGUGGCUGCAAGAAGUUGCAUUUUCUUGACUUAAGCUCGAACAACCUUACUGGAGAGCUUGCUGAAGAACUUCGUGUUCCCUGUAUGACCGUGUUUGAUGUCAGUGGGAAUAUCUUGUCUGGUUCAAUUCCUGGAUUCCUUAAUGUUACUUGUCCUUCAGUUCCUUCCUGGGAUGGCAAGCUGUUUGACCUUGACAAUGUCUCAAUUCCAUAUAUGUCCUUUUUUUCAUCAAAGGUUCAUGAUGGAUCCCUGUUGACUUCGGUGGGAGGAGUUGGUCUUUCAGUUAUUCACAAUUUUGGGAACAACAAUUUUACUGGCAUGCAGGCACUGCCCAUAGCACAUGACAGGUUGGGAAAGAAAAUGGGUUAUGCGUUUCUUGUCGGAGAAAACAAGCUUGCAGGGCCGUUUCCUACCAACGUGUUUGAUAUGUGUGAUGGAUUAGAUGCAUUGCUCUUAAAUGUCAGUUAUAAUAGGUUAUCUGGCCAGAUUCCUGCGAAGUUUGGCGGGAUGUGCCGGUCAUUAAAGUUUUUGGACGCAUCCGGGAAUCGGAUAACUGGACCAAUUCCUGUUGGUUUAGGGGAAUUGGUAUCUCUUGUUUCUCUUAACCUUAGUCGGAAUCAGUUACAAGGUUCGAUUCCUGUCAGCCUUGGCCAAAUGAAAAAUCUUGUGUUUCUUUCUUUGGCCUCUAAUAACUUAACUGGCUCCAUUCCUUCCGAGCUGGGGCAGUUGUACUCUUUAGAGGUUUUGGAUCUUUCAUCUAAUUCUCUCACGGGUGAGAUUCCAAAGGGUUUUGAGAACUUGAGAAAUCUGACUGGUCUUCUUCUCAACAACAACAAACUUUUUGGACAUAUUCCUACCGGUCUGGCAAAUGUCACUACACUCUCAGCGUUUAAUGUGUCCUUCAAUAACUUGUCUGGAUCACUGCCAUCAAAUAAUAACUUGUUGAAAUGCAGCAGUGCUGUUGGGAAUCCUUUUUUACGUCCUUGCCAUAUGGUUUCUUUGAAUGCGCCAUCAACAGAUCAGCAAGGGCAGGUAGCUGAUUCUAAUUCUUAUACUGCUGCACCACCAGAAACUGCCAGCAAAGGUGGUGGGUCUGGCUUCAAUUCUAUUGAAAUAGCAUCUAUAACGUCUGCAUCAGCUAUCGUUUCUGUUCUGAUAGCCCUAAUUAUUCUGUUCUUUUAUACUCGUAAGUGGAACUCCAGGUCCAGGGUUGUUGGUUCCACAAGAAAAGAAGUUAUUGUAUUUACUGAUAUUGGGGUUCCAUUGACUUUCGAAACUGUUGUUCGUGCCACUGGUAAUUUCAAUGCCAGCAAUUGUAUUGGAAAUGGAGGAUUUGGAGCAACCUACAAGGCAGAGAUAGCACCAGGAAAUCUAGUGGCAAUAAAACGUCUCUCGGUAGGACGAUUCCAAGGUGUUCAACAAUUUGAUGCAGAGAUAAAGACCCUUGGAAGACUUCGCCAUCCAAAUCUUGUCACUUUGUUUGGCUAUCAUGCCAGUGAGACUGAGAUGUUUCUGAUAUACAAUUAUUUGCCGGGUGGGAACCUGGAAAAGUUUAUCCAGGAGAGGUCGACAAGGGCCGUGGAUUGGAGAAUUCUUCACAAGAUUGCAUUGGACAUUGCCCGGGCACUUGCCUACCUCCAUGAUACGUGUGUACCACGUGUCCUCCAUCGCGAUGUGAAGCCCAGCAACAUACUGUUGGAUGAUGAUUUCAAUGCAUAUUUGUCUGACUUUGGAUUGGCCAGACUUCUGGGAACUUCUGAAACCCAUGCUACUACAGGGGUGGCAGGAACAUUCGGUUAUGUUGCGCCUGAGUAUGCCAUGACUUGUCGGGUUUCUGACAAGGCUGACGUGUACAGUUAUGGUGUUGUCCUUCUAGAGUUGCUCUCAGACAAGAAGGCAUUAGAUCCUUCUUUUUCUUCCUAUGGGAAUGGCUUCAACAUAGUAGCAUGGGCAUGCCUGCUACUUCGGCAAGGGAGAGCAAAGGAGUUUUUCACCGCUGGGUUAUGGGAUGCAGGACCCUCGGAUGAUUUGGUAGAGGUAUUGCACUUGGCCAUUAUGUGUACCGUUGAUUCCCUCUCGACGAGACCUUCAAUGAAACAGGUUGUACGAAGGCUAAAGCAACUUCAACCGCCAUCGUGCUAGCAGCUAGCCCUUUGGUGAGUUUGACAUAGUGAUUCUUAGAAGCAUUCCCACUUUGUAAUAUCAUUUGUGAUUUUAGGCUUGGGUCCUUUUUUGUGGACUGUUCUUCCUAGGUUGAGUUCUAAAUUGUAAAUUGUAAUAUAGUGAUGCCCUCAGUUUUCGAUGCUUGUUUCUAGAUUAGGGGGCUUUGGUGAUGAAUCUGCAGAAGAGUGCAGAUACGUGAUUUCCACGCCAUACACGUGUAUUCCUGUUUCAUUUUUUUAAUAAGAUCAUAGAAUAGAAUCAGUUUCUUCUCUCCA